GAGUUAACAAGCAAUUCAAGUCAUCAUAUCCUCAAGUAUCAAAGCAUUCCUUCAAAUAGUCCUUUGAGAUUUUUGCUAUUUUUUUCAGCUUUCAACUUCUUAAGUUCUUCCUCCAGUACAGAUAUAAACAUGGGUUUCCGGUUGCCUAAUGUAGUUCCUGUCAAGAUACUUAGAAGGUCACUCUCAAACUCAAUGAGGGCAGAUUCAUUUGGAGAUGUCCCAAAAGGCCAUUUGGCAGUUUAUGUUGGAGAUUCAGAAAAGAAGCGAUAUGUGAUUCCUUUAUCAUUUCUAAACCAGCCUUCAUUCCAAGACUUGCUAAGUCAGGUUGAAGAAGAAUUUGGAUUUGAACAUUCAAUGGGUGGUCUUACAAUUCCCUACAGAGAAGAUGCCUUCGUUGCUCUCAUUUCUCACUUAUCCUGAUAUUAGGCAGUAAAAAGAAAACUAUGUAGAUUCAUUACUACAAUUUUGUAAAGUAGUCCAUGUACCUUAUUUUUCCUUUUCCAAGAGGAGUUGAAAUUGCACUCCCUGAAUGAGAAAUGUAUAACAGGAUUCCUUUUUGAAAUUACCAUUGUAAUUUUUUUUUCCCCUCUUGAUGCAUGGUCAGUUUAGAAGUUCGAAAAUAAUUGUUUAGUUGGAAUAUUUUCCUCUCUUCAAAUUUGAAAUAGAUCCCAUUUUUAUUUCUUGUUC